AAUACAGAAUUAAAGCCAUUCAUAGAUGUCCUCGCCAGAUGCAAAAGUGGAUAUACCAGCAGCUAAGAAAAUGAAGAUCGACAAUAAGUGCGUUUUGCGUUUUGCUAAGCUUACAGAGCAUGCCUUGGCGCCCCAGCGUGGAUCCGCACGAGCUGCCGGCUAUGAUUUACGCAGCGCUUACGAUGUUGUGGUGCCAGCGCGUGGCAAAGCUGUGGUCAAAACGGAUCUGCAGGUGCAGGUGCCGGAAGGCUCUUACGGUCGCGUAGCACCGCGCUCCGGGCUGGCCGUAAAGAACUUUAUCGAUGUGGGCGCCGGUGUUGUGGAUGAGGAUUAUCGUGGAAAUUUAGGUGUUGUCCUCUUCAAUCACUCGGACACGGACUUCGAGGUGAAGCAUGGCGACCGCAUUGCCCAGUUCAUAUGCGAACGCAUCUUCUAUCCGGAAUUAGAGGAAGUAAACAAACUGGAGGAUACUGAACGUGGAGAGGCAGGAUUUGGCUCCACGGGCGUUAAGGAACUGCCUGCCGCUAAGCAGAAGAAUGAAAAAAACAAAGCGCCACUGGGCGAAAACGAAGCGACGCCCAUUGCCACAUAGAGGCAACAUGAUAAGCCAGCCAAAAUAGUUACAAUAAGAUCCAUAUACAUACAUUCAGGCUAAUAUCUAAUUUUUAUUAAUCAUAGUUCACCA